GCACGCGCCUUUAUGUGAGGGAAUACGGUAUCCAACUGUCUAGCUAGUCAACAAAGUCGUAGUUAUCCCACGCAUGCCAGAUCGAGCUAGCUCUGGUGGGGGAGCUAUGAGCGUGUGCCUGCAUCUAGAACGACGCUCCACGUUCGUGAACAGUUGCAAUGGCUGGCAAACAAUACAAGGAUGAUGUAUACGCUCAAAGACAAGGUCUGGCUGCUUCUGAUGAGAACAUACGAGCUGCAUGGAUGAGAACGAAACAAGAAGAUGAAACACGAUUCCAUUCCUCGAUGGCGGGGGCCUCCAGUGUUGCGACGAAGGUAAAUCCCCAAGGAUUUGAACGAAGAGAGAGAAAAAAAGAAGAUAUGAGUGAAAUGAGGAUGGCGAGAGGGGCGAGUGUCGCCCCGGAGCGUGUAGGUGGAAUGAAAGCGAAAGAAAUUGGAUCGUGGCGUAAGUCGAACGAGACGCAGUUAGAAAAAGGGACGAUGGCGCAUGUUGAACCUUUUGCAACGUCAUGGCAUGAGAGUCAUGCGUCAUUAUUACCACGUUACCACAAGAGGGCCGUUGGUGGUGUAGGAGAGAAUGUGAUGGGGAAGAUGAUCUCUCCGGGUGAUUCUGUGUUUUCUAGUGCUAAGAGUAAAAGAGAAGAUACAGCAGGUGGUGGGUAUAGAGUAGUGGCUGGUAGAGGUAGUGGAUUUGGUGAUACAUCUAGUAGGUUAAUGUACAAGAGAGAAGAUGAACAACAAAGUGUAUUAAGUUUGGCUGCCAAACAGAAUACUUUACAGACAUCUAGCGAAUCAGCAGAAGCAACAGAACCUCUAACUUCAUUGAUACACGAGUUUAACUUGACUGAAUAUCAGAAAGCUGUAUAUGAGCAACGAUAUGGACUACAAUCCAGUAGCUCUUCAAAAGGCUUGCAAGCAGGUUUGUAUUUUACAAAGGCAGAAGAGAAAUUAACGGUAGGACCAGUUGCAGGUGCUAGUAGUUUGUCUAGGAAAAGGGAAACUCUCCGUCUAUUACAACAGAAAGGACUUCCUGAUCUUGUUGAAGAAGAUCUGAAUCUGAAGAUGCUGACUUAUAAGGAGCUCAUUGAUCAAUGUCAUGUAAGAGAUUAUCAAAAGCUGCAGUCAGAAUUACAUGAAGAAGAAAUGGGCACAAGAAUAGAUGAAGUAGAAAGUGAAUGUCAGGAAGAAAGACGUAAACGAAUAGAAGCAGAGAAGAAACAGCAUGAAACAGAGAGGAAAGUGUGGAAGUUGGAAGAAGAGAACAAGAUGCUGAAAGCACAAUUGCCAGCUGACAACUUGGAAGCUCUGCUUGAACAGGACUUUACAAGAAUGGCAGUAGUUGCACAACCGAAUACAGAUGGAUCUGUAAGUGAUGAUGACAGUGAACAUAUGCAAGAGUGGAGGAAGCGGAAAGAGGAAUUUCAAGGAGUCAGAGAAGAACCCGUCUCUGAGGUUUUCCCACCUGGAAACCUUCAGGGUCACCAAAUGACUUGUAGGUCUACAGCACAAUUUCCAGAGCUGAAGGAAAUGAAGGACAUGCAAGAGCAGCUGUUGGAGCUUGUGAAUAGACUGUCUCUUCCUCAGGCAAAUGAGGACACGACUAAAAAUACAAUAGAGGUUCUACAAGGGCUGCUGAGAACACUUAAUGGAGACAGAGAAGAACCCAUCUCUGAGAUUUUCCCAGCUGGAAACUUUCAGACUCUUGAUGAAAGCAUGGUGGAGCGUUUGAUGGAUAAGCAUUUUAGUGAAUUGGCAUUGCAGGGUCACCAAAUGACUUGUAGGUCUACAGCACAAUUUCCAGAGCUGAAGGAAAUGAAGGACAUGCAAGAGCAGCUGUCGGAGCUUGUGAAGAGAUUGUCUCUUCCUCAGGCAAAUGAGGACACAACUAAAAAUACAAUAGCGGUUCUACAAGGGCUGCUGAGAACACUUAAUAGAGCAAUCCAGGUGACAGAGUUUAAUACUGGUCUUAAUGUUGACACCACUGCAGACAGUGGUUUGUCAUCAUCAGCACAUGUAUCCAAGGACGACAAGAAACGAUAACACUGAUUGUGCAUCCAGCAUUGCUGGCAUGUCCAGCCUAAGAGAAGAGUGAAUCAAAGACAAAGGGAUUUUGUCAUCUACUGCGCUGAAAACCAACAAUGAGUGUAUGUACACAACAAUCAAGCAAGCUGUAAAUAGCAGCAGUUCAGUCAUAUUAUUUACGCUUGCUGUACAUACGGCCACAGCUGCAGCUAGCAACUGUUCUAUGCUGAUGCAGUGUGCAUGUAUGAGUAUGUGACACACUGCAUCAUGACAUCAUGGUAUACUACGAUGAGUACAAUAGUUACUAUUAAAGUAUGUUCUAUUUUAAUGUUGACAAUGUGCAUAUAGUGUUGACUACAGUGACUGUACAAUUGAGGGCUGCAUGUGUUUGGUCUUGUAUCUGUAAAUUUCUUUACACAUAUUGAAUUGAGUGGUAGUGAACACAGUA